CUGCCUGUCUCGAUAGCCGCUCGCACGAUGACAGAUGAGUGGUUGUGGGGGAACGACGAUGCCAUGGUCAUCGGCAUCACCGCCGGCCCGAGUUUUUGCGGAUGUUUGCGUGCGGACUGCUGCUAAAUCCCGCUGCUGCCUUGCACGUUGUGUAGGGUGUCCCCGCUGGCGGCAACGCCGCGGUUGGCGUUGACAUAAGGCGAUACUCGAUGCCCCCAUGUUCACGCACCGUCCUGCUGGGGAGUCAUUCGCUGCCAAACGCGUCCGUCCGAUGACAGCGACUGACGAUGUCCGUCGUCAGGAAAAAGUCGACCGCCGACCCGAAAAGCAUCGGCCCUUCGCUCUGCGUCACAGAACUCGUCCAGUUGACUCAGCUGGGCAUUCCGUUGGAGCACGUCACAUGGCCGCGUGUUACGAUCACCCCGAGCCAGUGGCUCUGCAUUCGCCACACCAUGACCUGCCGAAAUGCUUCCAGCAGUGCCGACCGGUGCUCUGUGGUGACAGUGUUCAACCCACAGAGGUCUGCACCGCAGACUUACAAGGUCGAGGCACGCUGUGCCAAGCUGAACCCAGACAAGCCUCUAUUAGCCAUCACAGACCAGUGGGCGCUGUACCUGUACAGCACACGCACCAAGAAGUUGCUGCACAAGAGCCGGCUGGAGCGAGAUCUCGUCUACUGGGCCUGGGUCACACCGUCCACUCUGGGCCUGGUCACCCGCGACGCUGUCUUCCACUGGGACUGCUCUUCGGCACCAACACAGCCGGUGUUCAUGUUUUCGCUUCAUGAGCGCAUACGCAACACGGAACUGGUGGGCUACAUCACAGACCCAGGCCUGAAGUGGCUGGCUGUCACCGGACUCUUUCAGGAGGAGCAGGUGGUCUCUGGACUGGUCCAGCUGUACAGCGUAGACCGGCGAGUGAGCCAGCUGCUGCCCGGCCAGUGCGUGCAGCUGUGCAGGCACCAGUUCCAGGAACAGGCGUACGUCUCGCAGCUGCUACUGCUGGCCGACCGGGGACCCGCGGGACAGCGGCCCGAGGGGCGGCUCCACCUGACCGAGCUGGGUCCACCCGCCUGCACGGGGGGUGCCCUGCGGGGUCCCAUUGCCGAGACGCUCGAGUUUUUCGACCCCCUCGACAAGUUUGACUUCCCCGUGUGUCUGCAGGUGUCCAGCAGCCAGGGCCUGGUGUACGUGCUGACCAAGUGCGGUGUCGUGCACCUGUGCGACCUGGAGACAGUGACGCCACUCUGUCUGCACGUCGUGUGUCCCGACAUCACCUUCACUGCCUCGAUCACACCCACGUGUGGGCUCAUGGUCGUGUCACGCAAUGGCCAGGUCCUCUUAGUGAAGAUAAAAAAGGCAGCGCUUCUGCGGCGCAUCGUAGAGGUGGUGAACAGACCGGCCAUCGCCACUCGACUGCGCCAGACCUUGCCCUGAGUGUGCACCCCCCGCCGCUCCCGGUACUGCAUGGAGGCAGUGCAAAGCGCCGCACUGGGUCAAAGUAAUGCUCUCGUGUUUUGUCUAGUCAUCGGGGACUAAGAGUGAUGAUCUUGCCAGGGUUCUGUAAAGCGUUUUAGUGUGUACGUGCCGUGCUUGUGCCACAUGCCUUCCUAGUGUGAAAAGGUAUGUGCGUGGUAUAUUUGCAUGAGUAUAGCCUGCACCUGUGCGCGACUGUUGUGCCCAGUCGCCAAGCUCGGAUAGGAGAGAAGGAAAGGAGGUAGCCGUGCGCAUAACUAAGCACAGAAGACCCCACCCAAAUUUUUUGAAAAGGCAAGCUUUGCAAGCAAUGUUUGUCUCAUAUAUUCAACCGUCAUUACUACUUCUUCUGCGAGAUGUAGAAGCAAUACGAGACUUAAAACAAUGCAAGGCUAAUUAGUGUGCAGAUCCUAGAUUCUAAGACAAUGGCAUGGUACAGACAACGGCGCCUUUCCAUGCAGCUACACAGCAAUGUGUGCAGCGUCACUAUGGAGCCGCACGUAAGUAAAAAAGAAAUUCUAGUGUAACUUGCAUUCGUGCUUUGUACUUAAGUUUAGUACUUAGAUUUGGUGCAGGUUAUAAGUGCAAAUCUGCGGCCUUGAUUUUUUUUUUUUUUGUGUUCGGUAUGAUGGCGAUUUUAUUCAAAAUGCACAAUGUGUGGUAGGUGUACAUUGCAAAGGAGCCAUCUACCGCAUUGAGAAAAGUACUGGUUUGUGUUAACAGAAGCGAGCUGUGAUUAGUGUAAUACUGGAAUGCGCAAAGUACGUAAGCGUGCCGUAGGAAGCACACAAUGCGAGUAUGGUGGUGCGGAUUUUUAAAAGAAACAGCAGCGAUUGAAGAAUUACUCUGCGAAAUUGAGCCUUCUUGCGUUGUGGGUGCUGCGUGUUUCAGUCAUGUAUGGCCAUGCUGCCGUCACUUGCGGCUUUUUCAUUUCUCAGCACUCUAGCUGUUUCCUGAUCCUCACUUCAAGGCUGUGCAUGUGGCAUAUAGGUAGGGAAGGGUGUCUACACGCAACGACCAAAGUUUUUUGUUUACAUUCUUUGUUUCCAUUACAGUUCACGGCUGGCUCUAAUAUCUCUGCCCAUGCUUGCCGUUCAGAAACGGCACCGGUUUUGCGAAGCUAUUGUGAGGCUUGUUUACUAGUACAGGGCCUUGCAAGUUGUUUACUAGUAAGAGCGAGAGAUACAAAUGAGGAAAAGGCAUGGAUGUUAACCGGAAUAGAAAUGCCUGGUUUGCUACCCUACACUAAGGGGAGGGGAACAGUGGGUUAAAGAGCAGUUUAAGAAAAAGCAGGUAUGCAAAACAAAACAAAAAAAAACGAAGGGUUGAGGAACGGGAGUAUUAUAGUCUGUGUAAUGGGCCACUGCCAUGUAAAGAACUACUACUAGGAAAGAACGUUAGUAAAGGAUGUUUAGUAGUAAGACCUGUUUUCUAGUGUAGGAGAUAGUAAAGCGACUCCACGGGCUGGUCCUGAGCGCAGAAGGCUUUCCUUACAAGAAGGCGAAGUUUUUAAACUCGCUCAGUGAGUGCUUUCAAACGUGGCAGUUGUUUACUAGUUCACGUUCACUUUUCGUGCUGUAUUUUAGAAAGGGCGUUUUGUAUGCUGCGACUCUUUGCACAAAAGUGUUGUUUCGCAAAUGCUUCUGGGAUUGUUUUCACUAAAGCUGCGCUGCGGAAUGCAGGAGUAGCGCUGUGCAUUAUUUUUCGAAUUUAACAUGCAAGUGGCUCUCUUUUCGUCGUGGUAGUACUUACUUUGAUAUCUUGCAUUUCUGCUAUGUAUGUACUUUUUAUGCCACUCUUGCAAAACGUUGAAUAGGUAACGAAGUAACACAUAAGCAGCAUUUUUUGGCAAUAGUACUGGUCCUGUGCUAAAACGUCAAACAGAAUCGGAAUUUUGUGGUGAACUUCGUUUAAAACUGCGCAGCACCUUGCCUAUUUUGUCCAUUAUGGAAUGCAUUUUCGUCUCACCGAACAGUUAGUAAUCUUUGACGACAUUUGAAUGGAAAAAUAGUUGCUAAUGACAGGAAUGCCAGCAAGAACUGUAACGAACUGUUAUGGAUCAACAUAGUUUCUGUCCCCUAUCUUUGAAACAAUAACAGAUAGUACACCUCUGUUUCGUUGCCGAGAAAACCUGCACUUUGUGUUCUAGCACCACCAGAGAUUAUGUGGGCAUAGCCCUGAACGAAGUGGCAAUGCACUGCAUCCAAGCGUUGUCCUAUCAAUUAAAAGAGUGCGCCUCAGAGUGUUAACGUGAUGCGAAAUUUUGACUGCAAAUGAGACCACCGCUUAGUUGAAAGAGCCGGUUGUAACUAUAUCUUUCUUUUUAAUCAUUUACGCAACAUGCUACUAUGGAGAUGCUGGAAUAGCUGCUUUGGCUUUUUCGUUAUUUUUCUUCCUCCUCAUGUUUGAAACAAAAUGGCUUUUUCCUUUCAUAUUAUAUAUUUGCAUUUUAAAAAUAUUUGUAGUGUGUAUCGUUUUACACUAUUAUGUUGAAGUGUGUGAGCAUGCUAGUUCUGGUUGCGAUGUCUUUACGUUUCCUGGUACGACUGGUCACCUAAACAUUGCGUGCGACCUCCAAUACUUGUGCGCCCUAAUGAAGCUAUAGAAGUAGUCAAAAGUCAGUUUUUACUAAUGCUAAACGAGCGCAACAAUU